UGAAUUAUAGGUUAUGAAUCAGGAUCAUAAUAAAUUUAACAAGAAUUUAUAAUUUAUAACAUAAACUUAAGUUAAUAAACUGCAAAAUGAAUACUAUAGCGAAUGUACUUCGUAAUAGAUCCAAUUUAAAAUUAAAUCUAACGCAAAUCACAAGAUUAUCUUCAAAUGUUUCGGAAGAAAAGAUUGUUAUUCCUAAAGCAAUACCAAGAGGACCUACAGAUAUUUUAAGAGCAUUGGAGAGCACUGUUUCAAGAGAUCCAACAGCCACUCAUUAUAAAUACCACGAUGAUCCAUUUUUAAUUCCAAUGUCUAAUAUGGGAAAGAGAACAUUUGCUAUGGCUCAGGAGGCAGGACGUAAGGCUGCCUAUUGGGUGCGAGAGCAACAUCCAGAUUUAUUUCAACAUCAAGAAGCUGACCCUCCAAUUAAACCUUUUUUCCCAAAAAUGGUAUACAGUGAGGAUGAAGUUACAGAGGACACUUUAAAACAUGUUAUUGAUGAAGUUCUUAUACCAGAUGCAAAAAAAAUAUAUAAGUUAAUGAUAGAAAAAGGCAUGGAAAUAUCUAAAGAAACACAACAAGCAUUAUUGGAUCUAUUGUGUUUCUAUAAUAAUGAGGAUACCUUGUCUGAAGAAUUCAUUGAAGAAAGAUGGUUUAGAAAUAGUGCAAAAGAGAAGGUGAGGAAAACAUGGGCUGAUGGUUCGUUAGCUGAAGAAAUAUUUAUUAGUAUUGAAAAUCCGGAUGCAGCAGCUUAUUCUGCAAUAAUUCAAGGAAUGGCUAAACAUUACCAGGUGAAUAGAGCAUGGCAAUUAUUUGAAGAAGCUCAAGGGAAAGGACUUGAAGUCAAUACAAGCACAUACAAUUCAAUUAUUAGAGUUACCAGUUUUAUGAAAGAGAGUUAUGAUUUGAGAUGGAGUUUUGUGAAUGACAUAUUGUCUUUAAUGAAUAAAGCAAAAACUAAACCAAACCUAGGUACAUUGAAUGCUUGCCUGGAAAUAGUGAGUACAAUGGGUCAAAGCAAAACUGCAAAAAGUUAUGCACUGAAAUUGCUGAAAGAAUUUAAAUCAUUGGGUAUUGAACCAUCUUUGGCUUCUUGGUAUCAUGUCUUGAUGACAUAUUGUAAAGAAAGAGGACCAGUUAGUACAAUUUUGAAUGAUAUUUUACCACAUAUUGAAAAUAAGGAGCACACAAUUAGAGAUAUUAAAGAUACUUUCUUCUUUGUAACUGCAAUGGACAUUUGCAGGAAUCAUCUCCAUGAUAAGGAUCUGGCACAAAGAGUUAACAAGUUACUGCAUUUUGGGAAUAACUAUAAUUUAAUUGGUGAUUCCUACAAAGAAUCAAUUUAUUACCGGCAUUACUUCAUAGUAUUAUGUGAAACUGAACCACUGGAUGAAUUCAUGGAAAACAUUUACAAUAAAUUGGUCCCUCAUAUAUAUGUACCAGAACCUGGAGUUAUUGCUGAAGUACUCAAGAACAUUGACAUGAAUUCAGCUGUUGAAUAUUUACCAAAAAUAUGGUCCGAUAUGUUGAUCUUUGACCACACGGGACGUGAAAACCUUCUCAAUAUGGUCAUGAAUAUUAUGAUAAACCAUAAACCAGAUGAAUCGUCUGAAUUGAAUGACAAAUUUUCUAAAAUUGCAUGGGGUAUUUGGUCUAAAAUUGAAAACCAAAACGAAAAUAGGAUUCAAAAGUUGGCGUUCACUGGAGAAAUGCUGGGCAACAUUAUGAUCAUGGUGUUACGCAACAAUGAUUUUGAGAAAGCUUUCGAGGUAAUGCAGAAACUGGAUAAGGGUAUGCACAGCGUCGUUGGAGUACCUAAAUUAGAUGCUCUCUCAAUGUUCAUGGAUCACUGCAUUAAAGAAAAACUGCCGACCACAGCCAUUCAAUGUAUUCAGUACCUCACGGACAGCGGUUUCCCAGAAGCCGAGGAUUUCGCUAUCAGAUUGAAUAAGAGUUUGACGUUAGAUGAGACACAUUUAGGUCGUCUUGGUAAAAUUGUAGGGGAACAAUUUUUGCAGAAAAAGAUGUAAUUAUUAUUUUCUUUGUAUUUUAGCAAUUUUUCUUAUUGUAAAUAAAAUUCACAACUUAA